GGUCGUGUCCGGAGCUCCAGCGUUCUGCUCCCCCUCCCUGGUCCCGUUUUACCCCAGAAACAGAGCUCCUCUCUGGGCCUCUCCCUCCAGGUGGACCUGGCCUCCUUCGGGGACCCUCCAGAGGACCUCUCCAAAGCCCUGGCUCUCCCCCAGUCUGUGCAGCCUUUCCUGGAUACGAAGAUACGUGAAGUGGGGGUCCUGAACCUGGAGGUCAUUGACAUCGGGCUGGAAGAGCGUCUGGGACUCGGAGUGGAUCUUAAAAUCGGACGGAUGUUUGCGGAGGUCGAAGAGAGGGUGAACCGACGAGUGUUUAGACUGAAGGCGGAGCUUCGGAAGAGGGAGGCGGAGCUAGAGAAAGAGAGGCGGGGCCGGGAGAGGCUGAAGAGCCAGAAAAAGGAAGUGGAGGAGCGGGCGUCGUACCUGUCCAGACAGGUCUGUGCUGCGGUGGAGAUGAUGGAGCGCCUGAAGAAAGAUCUGGAAGGAAAAGAUAAAGAGCUGAACGAACGGCAACAGGAGAUGGUGGACAUUGAGUCUUUUCUGAGGGAAACUGCUGAGAAAGAGGCAGAGGCUAAAUCCAGACUACAGGUGUUCAUCGAGACGCUGUUGGCUCGCGCUGACCGUGCAGAGAGACAGUUACUGCUGGCCAGCUCACACACACAUCUGUACACACACACUGAACCUUACACACACCCCUACACACAUGGACACACACCUGCAGUCGGGUGGGGGGGGCGCAGUCUGGACGCCAGCACUGAGGACGUCCUGGCAGACAAGAUGCAGGGCAGCAUCGGAAACAGGAGGAGUUACAGCGUGUCGGGUUCCUGCAGACUGGGGGAGCAGCUGUACAGCCAACAUCCCUACAGUGGUGUUUCUGGUCUGAUGCGGACUUCCUCCCUGGGAUCUGGAGGAUGGGAUGAAGAGGGGGGGCUCCAACAACAUGUUCCACCCUGGACCAGAAGAGAGAGGCAGAGGGAGCAGGAGGGAGGCUGUCAGAGGACGUGGAGCAAAAGAAACCUUCGCCAAUACAGCACCGAAGAAGAAGAGGAAGAGGAGCAUGAAGAAAUAGAAGAACAAGAGGAGGAAGAGGAAGAAUUCUGGUGCAGCGCUGAGAUCAGGAGGCUCGUUUUCGCCCGGAAAAACACACCUGGCUCAGAUGCAUCCCUUUCACCAGCGCGUCCUCACCUGGCGGACAUCUUGCGUUUGAGGGCGGGUCUUUUCUGCGUGUUUCCAUAUUUGGACGUGCGCUCGCUGCUGCACGCCGCCGAGGUCUGCUCUGAUUGGCUGUUCGUUGCUAGGCACCCGGCCGUAUGGACACGCCUCCGGCUGGAAAACGCCAGGGUGUCCGCUGAG